CCUCCAAACUGCCGGAAACUUUAGAAGAAGAAGAAGAAGAAGAAGAAGAAGAAGAAGGAGAAGGAGCUUCGCGUGAUAACGAUCGAACGGAUAUACAAAUAACCGUCAGAUCAAUCGUCUAAUCCAAUCACCGUCAAAAAAGUCGUGAAGACUCUGCAGUCCAUACUACAGACUGUCUGAUCCUGCAUGCUGCUACACCUGGAGGAGAGCCAGGUGUGUGAGGUUCACCAUGAGGAGAGGAUCAGUAGACGUGCUGAGAUGAAAUGAAGAGGUGAAAACAAACAUCAGAGUCUGAUUCAAAUCUAAACUUCACCAAUUCAGACUUCACUCUGAUCAUUAGACCAAGAGGUGAGAGGAAAACUUCUAUCCCUAAAAGACGGGGCAGAGGUCAAGAUCAGGCCCUUUAUCCGUCUGAGCAAAUCACACUAAAAGACACUGAACAUGCAGAUUCAUUCAUUCACAAGUUAAGUAGACAGAGACCUGCCAUGGAAGAGAUUGUAAGCAAGCUUGGAAACAUCAGCCGUGAAGUACGACAAUACAUCGAUGAACGCCUUACAGCUGGAAGACUGGGACUUUGGAUCUGUGCAGUGGGACUUCUUACAGCUCUGAUCCCUUGGGGAGAAAGCUUGGCUGUGGUGGAGGCAAUAAGAGGAGCAGCAUUAGGAGCAGCAACAGUAGGAGCAAUAGGAGUGACAAUGGUAGGGCCAACAGGAGCAGCAAUAAUAGGAGUAGUAAGAGGAGUUUUAGAGGAUACUUUAUCAGGAAAAAUACUAGAAAUAGUAGCAAAAAUAUUAGGAGCAAUAGGAGCAGCAAUAGUAGCAACAAUAGUGGCAGCAGUAAAAGAAGCAAAAGGAGUAAUAAUAGGAGCUAUAGACGGAGCUAUAUUGGGAACAAUAGUAGGAAUAUUAGCAGCAGUAUUAGCAGCCAUAGUAGCAGCGAUAUUAGCAGCAAUAGGAGUAGCAAUAGGAGGCGCAACAGGAGCAGCAACUGGAGCAUCAAUAGGAGCAGCAAUAGGAGGAGCAGUAGGAGGAGCAUCAGUAGGAACAGUAGUGGGACGAAUAGGGAGAGCAGUAAGAGUAGAUAUAGAAGGAAAAAUACUGGAAAAGUUAAUAGGAUUAUUGUUAGCAACAGGAGCAGCGUUUAUAGUAGCACCUGUAGCAGCAAUAGCAGCACCAAUAGGUGCAGCGAUAGGAGCAGCAACAGGAGGAACAACAGGAGCAGUAAGUGGAGCAUUAAUAGGAGCAGCAAUAGGAGGCACAACAGGAGCAGUAACUGGAGCAGCAGUAGGAGGAGGAAUAGCCGGAGCAGUACUAGGAGGAACUGGAAGAGAUUUAGGAGAAGCAAAAUUAGAAAGACCAGGAGAAAUACAAGGAGUAACACAAGGAGCAAUACGAGGAGCAAUAAUAGCAGCAAAAAUAGCAGUAAAAAUAGCAGCAAUAGGAGGAGCAACUGGGACAUUGAUAGGAGCAGCAAUAGGAGGAACAAUCAUAGGAGCAGCAGUUGCAGGGAUGAUAGGAGGAGCAACAGCAGGAGCAGCAAGAGCAACAGUAGGAGCAGCAGGUGCAUCAACAAAAAGAGACGGAGAAGCAGAAACAGUAAGAGCAAUAGUUGGAGCAGUAGUUGGAGCCAUUGGAGGAGCAAUAGUAGGAGCAAUAGCAGAAGGAACAGGAGGAACCAUUGAGGGAGCAAUAGGAGCAGCAUUAGGAGCUGACAUAGGGGGACAAAUAGGAGCAACAAUAGGGGCAAACUUAGUAGAAGAAACAGGAUUAGCAAAAGCAGCAAUAGCACCGAUAAUAGGAGCAGCAACAAGAGGAGCAAUAGAAGCAGGAUUUGGAGCAAUAAAAGGAGGAGUAAUAGGAGCAGCAUUAGGAGCAACAGGAGCAAUAGAAGGAAGAACAGGAGCAAUGAUAGGAGGAGCAAUAGGCGGAGGGGUAUGUGCUGUGACUGCCAUCUGGAACCAGCAGAAGACAGAGAUCUAGAGAAACGCACAGAAGAGCUGGUUAAAGACUUUAUAGAGAUUCUUGGACAGAGUCGUGCUGAGGAGUUGAGGAAAUCAUCAUCAGAGAAUACUAGAACAAUAUCCUGAUUGGACUGGAUAGAAUCCCCUCUUAUGGGAGCGCAUGCAUCAGAUUUGGAUUCUGGCCGCCUGAAGCUCCGCCAGAUGCAGCAAUCUUUCGCAAUUUUCAACCAGUUUAAGACAUGUUUUAAUUGUGUUUUUUUUAUCCCACUUCUGUGUCGCACGCGUUGCGCACAGCAGCCGGAGGACCAACCCGGUUCCAGGGAGAGCCUCCUCACCACCUCGGCUCCCCCUCUCCAACCGCUUCAAGUCCCUGGCAGAUGAGGCUGCGGUCCACUGCAACGACUCUGCGGCACUUCCAGCGCCACCUGCACAGAGGGACCUGGCUCCGGCUGUCGCGGCCUCCAGCUCGGCAUCCUCUCCUCCACGAGCUGCCAGCGCUGGGCGGCCCACUGCAACUGGGAUGAUUCGCCGCAGGAUCCUGAGGGAGGCAGUCACCAGACGCUCAGGGUGUCCUCCCCAAGCAAACACCUCUCUGCUCCCCACCCUGCGCCUGCGCCCACCGACCAACCGAUUCAGCCUGAAUCAGCGCGGAUCGAGAGUCCAUCAGCCUGGUGCAACGGAAGUCCCCGCACAUCCCCUCACCCCCCCAACCCCCUCUACCACCUUAAUCAUUGGAGAUUCAAUAACCAGGAACAUUUGAAUUCUCAAAUCCAUCACUCACUGCUUCCCCAGAGCGACUGUCCCUGUCAUCCCAGACAAACUCCUGCACGUCCUCCCCUCACUCCCUCCCUCUGUCACAUAGAUUGUAAUUCACGUUGGCACGAAUGACACCACCUGCAGACAAUCAGAGUGCACCAAAAGGAUUUUAAGUUGCUUUUUAAUGUUUUAAAGGACACAGGAAAGACUGUUUUUUAUCUCAGGAAUCAUACCCACACUCGGCCACGGAGUGGAGCCCUUCAGCCGCCUGUUGGCACUAAACUCCUGGCUCCACUCCACCUGCACCACCCACAAUUUUAUAUUUAUUAACAGUUUUGAUAUUUUCUGGGAUCAUGAAUCUUUAUUCAGGAAUGAUGGGAUCCAUCCUAACUGGCGGGUUAGCCGAAUGCUGUCUGCAAACAUUUUAUAUGCCAUCCACUCCUCACAACGUAUCUGACAGUCUGCAGACAUCAGUACAUGCUCCCCAGGUAAGACCACUCCUCUCCCUCAUAAUAAUCUCUGGUCACCCAAACUCACUGCUCACCUAAACCACUCCCUCCUUCCCCCUCCCUACAGUCUCCAACUCCCUCAUUCCAGUCCACGCCACCAUCAGACAAUCUCGCCCACCACCCAUCAGACCUCUGACUCACUCCAAUCCAUAUCUAACUGCUACCUCGGCUACCCCGCCCAGCUUUUAACAGUAACCCAUCAAACUUUGGACUUUUAAACAUUAGAUUACUUAAUAACAAAACAUUUUUAUGUCAUGAUUUUAUCACCCAGAAUAACCUAGACUUUUUAUUUUAACUGAAACCUAGUUGACCCCAGAAGACCACAGUCCCCUUAUUGAAGCAGCGCCCCCUGAUUUUACCUAUCUUCAGCAGCCCCAGCUAUCCGGCCGGGGAGGGGGCGUUGCUGUCAUUUAUACGAACACUUUUAAAUGCUCCCAUAUUUUGAAUAACAGUUUUAAUUCAUUUGAACAUCUUGCUUUUAUUACUAAAUCCAAAGAUCCUGUUUUAAUCAUAAUAAUAUACAGACAACCAAGGCCCAGCAGUGUUUUUAUUCAAGAGUUUUCAGAGUUUUUAUCACAUUUUGUUUCAAAAUAAGACAGAAUUCUUGUUUUAGGUGAUUUUAAUAUACAUAUAUGCUGUCCUUCUCAAUCUCUGUCUAUUGAUUUUAUGGAAACUCUUGACUCUUUUAAUCUCACCCAGGCAAUACAAGAACCCACUCACUCUAAAGGCCACACACUGGAUCUGGUUUAGACAGUGGUCUUAAUCCUGAUGGUUUUAUUACUAAGGAUAUCUGUGUGUCGGACCACAAACUGGUUUUAUUUAACAUGGUUUUAUUUCAGCCAGCUUUUAAUGAAAAUGCACCUGUUUUCAAUUCAGAGUCUGCUGGUAGGUUUAAGGAGAUCUUUGAUUCUGCAUCUUUAACUGCCUUUAACCCAAAUUUUAACACAGAAGAGCUGGUCUCUCUUUUUAACCACACUUGUAAAUCUGCCCUGGACUCUGUCGCACCUUUUAAAGAAAAAAGGUCAAACAGUACACCCCAGCUGUGGCUGACAGAGUCCACAAAUGAUUUUAAACACGCUGUGGUCCAACCUUUUUUAAAGAAACCAAACCUCAACCCCUCUGAUUUUAGAAAUUUUAGACCAAUUUCAAAACUUCCAUUUUUAUCCAAGGUUUUAGAGAAGGUGGUUUCUUCACAGCUUUUAUCUUUUAUGUCUCACAACAACCUCUUUGAGAAAUUCCAGUCUGGCUUUAGAGCAGGUCACAGCACUGAGACGGCCCUCCUCAAGGUGACCAAUAAGUGGAGGGAGCCAUUUUAAUUCUUUAAGAUCUCAGUGCAGCUUUUGAUACCAUUGAUCACAGUAUCUUAAUAGAACAUCUUAGAAACUGGGUGGGCAUCAGGGACACUGGUCUUAGCUGGUUUUAUUCUUAUCUUUUAGAGAGAACCUUUGCGGUCACCAUAGGUAACCACUCCUCCUCUACCUCUACUCUUACCUGUGGUGUACCACAAGGUUCAGUUUUAGGCCCGAUUUUAUUUUCUAUUUAUAUGCUGCCUCUUGGUCAAAUCAUUCAGAAUCAUAGGGUCUCUGUUCACUGCUAUGCAGACGGCACACAGAUAUACCUGCCCCUGAGAUCUGAGGACCCUAGAAGCCUAGCUGCUGUUACAGAAUUAUAUCAACUGCUGGAUGGCUCAGAAUUUUCUACAACUCAGUAACUCAAAAUCAGAAAUAAUUAUUUUCAACAUUCAAUACUCCACCCAGUCCAAUCUCAGUUCCCUCUCAGAAAACAUCAGACCCACAGCCAGAAAUCUAGGAAUAAUAUUUGAUUCAGAUCUCACUUUUGCCACCCAUAUCAGUAAAGUUGUCCAGUCAUGUUUCUUCCGCAUCAGAACUUUUGCCAAAAUAAAUCAGUGAAAAAGUCAUCCAUGCACUCAUCUUCUCCAGACUUGAUUACUGUAACUCUCUCCUCUACGGCAUCGCUCGAAAAUCCCUCUCCCACCCUCAGUUAGUUCACAACGCAGCAGCUAGGCUUCUAACUGGUUUUAACAGACAGCAUCACAUCACCCCCAUUUUAGUACACUGGCUCCCUGUACGUUUUAGAAUUGAUUUUAAGAUUUUACUUAUCACUUUAAAAGCACUGAAGGGCCUAACUACCUAACAGAACUUUUAACCCCCUAUGAGCCAGGCCGCAGCCUUAGAUCCUCCGGCGGGGGCCUCCUGGUCAUUCCAAGGUCGAGGCUUAAGACUAAAGGUGACAGGGCCUUCUCUGUCAGGGCGCCUCGACUUUGGAACAACCUGCAUGAGGGGAUAAGGCAUGCAGAAUCAGCGACAUCUUUUAAAUCACUUCAUUUUUAUAGACUUGCUUUUACGUGAUGUCGUCUUCUGUCUUUUACUGUGUCCCAUCUUUUAUCACUUUUCUUUACUUCUCUGUCAUAUCUGACCUUAAAGCCCCUUUAUUUGCUCUUCUCGGCUUUGUAUUUUAUGCUUAUUGAAUGUUUGUGAUAUGUGCACUUCUCUUACUUGGUUUUUAGAGCCCCCCUGCUUUUAUUGUGUCUCUCUCUUUUUACAGCUAUAUCGGUUUUACCAGACUAUUAUCAUUACCAUGAUUAACAUCUUUUACUGUCUGGAAUUUUAAUUUUGUAUGCUGACUUAUUAAUCUCUACACAUUUUAACUGUUUUUAUUCUCCUCCUUACCAUUUUGAUUUAUAUUCCUUUCCGUCUCUUCCUAAUAUUUUAAAUGCUUUAACAUUUCUGGUCCUUAGGUCUCUUUUAUGUAGUUGGUUCCUGUGUUGCCUGGAUUGGUCUAGAUUAUUCUGGGUUUUUAUUACAAAUUGUUUCAUAUCUUGGUUUUCUGAUGUCCUCCUAAAUUGACAUAAUUUUUUGUGCUUAGAUUGUUCAGCUAGUUUUUUAUGAUGGAAUUACACUGUUGGCCGAGUUUUUCAUGGGUUCUUCUGUUGUUGGGGUUUGUCUUUCUUGUGAUGUUUUGCUGUUGUGUUUGAUGCUUUGUAAUUCUGCUUAU